AUGAUUACGGGGGUCAUACUACUAUCUUGGGGUUGUCAGUACGGGAACCUCCAUCAAUACAGCAGUAAAAUUAAUGACAUCUCAGGAUUUGAACACAGCUUAGUUGCUCUCAGUUUCUGCCCAGGUGCUCCGAAGGCUCGCACUUCAGCCAGGACGCCUCAAGUCCAGCCGACGGAGUCAGGUGGCUGCGAUGGCCAUGGCCAGGUGACGGAGGUCAUGGAGACUGAGUUGGAUCAAAUCCAGUCAGAGAUCACGCGGCUGCAGGCGGAGAAUGCCUCUCUGAGGCAGUUGCUGAAAGCAAGGCCUAGGUCGUGGAAAGCUCUUCUGGAGGAGUUACCCAAUGGAUAUGAUGUGGCACCGGACCAUUUGCAGAUCCAGUGCUUAAAGGAAGAACUCUGCAACACAGUGGAGCGGAGACGCAGGCUGGAGCACGCGGUGCGGGCGCGACACCAGGGCUUGCAGCGGGCGAUGUGUUCUGAAGGAAGGGAAUCCCUGCAGCAAGCGCUGGCAGAUGGAGCUGCUAUGGUGGAAGCGGAGCGCUUACAGGAGCAAAGUGGCCAUGAGGCCGGCCGCAGCCAAUCCAGGGGCCGUCGGCCCAGCCCUGGUGGGCACCAUGGGGUUCCUCAACCGCGAAGAUCGUGGACAGCUUCUGAAGUGCUUGAUGUGGAGCAGCUCGUCUUUGACACCGCCAUGUCCUUGAUGGCCGUUGAUGGCUGGGCACAGCAAUUGGCUGCGCGUUUGCGUGUGGCCUCCAGAGACCUCCUGCGCCAUGCGCGGGACCUACCCGAAAGUAAAGUCUCCACUGCUGCUCUGCGCAGGAAACUGCGGCGACACCAGGUCUUUCAUCAGACGGCAGUGGUUGGUGCAGAAAUGCAGGAGACAGGGCCUGUUGCUCAGGCUCCGGUGGAACUGCCCAACGCCGUGUUGAAAGCCUUGGGGGAAGCCUUGGAGGCGGCCAAGAGCGAGCGUGCAGCGAGGCAGGAAGUGGAGACGUUGGUGGCAAGAUUGGGCAACAACCCUUUGGGCUGCCAGAGCCGCUUGGUGGAUGUGACGUUGAGAGGAGAGGAGAGGGAGAAGGAGAAGGAGAAGGAGAAGGAGGAGGAGGAGAAGGAGAAGGAGAAGGAGGAGAAGGAGAAGGAGAAGGAGGAGAAGGAGAAGGAGAAGGAGAAGGAGAAGGAGACGAAGAAGGAGAAGAAGAAGAAGAAGAAGAAGAGGUGGAAGCCGGAGAAGAAGAAGAAGAAGAAGAAGACAGUGCCCUGCGGAAUCUUCACCGAUGAGCUCCGCGUGCAGGCCAUGAUGGAGGACGCCUCAACCAUCCGCAAGUCCGUUGUCCAAGCACAGGAACUCCACAAGGCGCGAACGCGGGGGGAUUGGAAAGGAUCGGAGUGGACUGCCAUCUCGGGCCGGAUGGUGCGUUGGAUUGCCACAAAGGAGGAACAUGCCCAGAAGAUCAUGACCACCACCGUGCCGGUGGCUGCAAGAAAGGGCACAAGCGUGAAGAAGGCUGACUUGGAUCAAGACGAGUACUUGAAGCGCUUGGCUCUUCAUCAUGACGUGAUGGUGGCGGCCAUGAAAGCGAAGCAAUCCUCAGAGCUGGGUCCAGUGGACACACUGGAUGCUGCGAUCCAGGCCUUGGCGCCCAUCUACUCCAAGUGA